AUGUUCUAUGUCGAGGCCAUGAAGCUGGCAUGUAUGACCCUAUACCUCGCCGUCGUUGCCGCGCCCGUCACUGCCCGUCUGCCACCCUCCCGCCUCACCCCACGCACCGCCGGCCAUCUCCUCGGCCUUGCCACGCUGCCGGCACUGCUGUACGCUGCGCAGACGUGGCUUGCUUACUGGGCCAUUGCCCGUCUCGACGCCGGCGUCUACGCCGCGUUCUCGGCGCUCAAGUUUGUGGCCGCCGCACUUGCCGCGGUCGUCCUCCGCGGCGCGCGCAUCUCCCGCUCGCAACUCGCCGCCCUCGCCGCCGUCUGCUGUGGUCUGGCGCUGCUGCCGACUGCGCCCCGCGCCGCGAGCCCUGUCGCCGUAUCCGGUCAGCUGGCGAGCACUUCGCUCUCGUCGGCUGUUGUCGCCGCCAUGAUCGCCAUCGCCGCAGCGUCUGCGCUUGCUGGCGCUCUCACGGCGUCGCUCCUUCGCGGCGUAGCCGGGUCGUCGCCGCUGAUGGCGCGUCUUGUCCCGCCGCAUGUCUCUGCCCUCCCGCAGGCGUACAAGUCGCUUGCACUUUAUGCCGGCGGUACGGUUGUCUCGGGCGUUGUGUGGGCGCUGUCUCCGCCCGGCGCAGCGACCCGUUCGGCCCCAGAUCUGGUCCCGUGGGCGCUGGCGUGGCUCUCGCUUGUAGUCCUCGCCGCCAAUGGCAUUCUCAUCUCGCUCCUCCUUGCCCGCAUUUCGAUCGUCGCCAAGUCGAUGGCCGGUGCCUUUUCCGUCUUUACCAUCGCCACGGCCUCGUCGCUCCUCUACGCCGACCUCGGCCCGACCGCGCCUCGGCUCGCCACCUCUGGCAUUCUCAUUGCCAUCGCCAUCUACGUGACCGAGCUAGUCCCUGCCCCGCUCAACUCGGACUCCGUCCGUAAGCGGUCAAUCAAGCGCGACUGA